AUGUUUGAUGUGUUGUCCUCAGGAGUGCACAGAGAUUCGCAAACUGUUUGUACCAAACACGGCUUGCUCGCGCCACCGACUCUUCGUCCACGCUCCGGAUCAACUUCUCUCCUACACGAUCUAGCCAAGACAAACUUUGAAGGACUGACAGCACCGGUGCCUGGUUUCCUAUCUGUCGUCAGACCUCAGCCUUCGUCGAGCAAGCCAACGGAAUUUUCUCUGCCUAUAGACAGUCAGACCGAUCUCCAGAAACCCUCCUCUUCUGCUGUUUCUCCCUGUGGUUCGGAAGUCGUCGAAGAGCACGAAUGUGAUACCAAAGGCCUAAAACAGUUGGAGGUUCCCUGUGACGACAGCAUUUCGCGUAAGCUGUCUUUGACGUAUGCCCGACGCACCAGCAUCGCCGUACCUCAGUCACACAAUUAUUCCACGGCCGAACUGGGAGCCGGUAUUUCUGAGCUAGUCGGUAUGAUGGGGCUACAGUUUAGCAAGUCUACCCACAAUUCGCCGCGUAAAAGAAGCCUGCAACUCACACCCAUCGGCCCAGGAUCCAUUCCUAGACAGCUACCAGCACCACCAAAAUUUAGUCUUAGAGAGGCACCGGGUGGCCUACUGGCCUACCGCCUGUUCAUCGACGCAACCGGAAAAAAUAAUCUAACUGUUCGUGUUCACUUAUUUGCUGCCGAACAUGUGAUCACACAGCGGCCGUGGAAGAAUGCCAAUUAUGCUGUCAGAACGGAGCUGAUCGGAUUCCGAUCACACUUUGUGCAGACGAGCGGUUACGUGACGGCUAGUUGUGGGUCACCCCGAUUUUUCCAGGCCAAUCCUUCUAUCCUAGACUUUGUCCUUGAUUGUGAGGGAAAAGCAUUUUCUGAGUCCAACGAGGAGAUGAAGCUGCUUUUGUCGGUUUUGGAAUUUAUCGGCAGGAGACCUUCUGAAAAGUCGUCGGUCGUAGCAAAACGAGAGCAUACAUUCAGGCACGAGACGUUAAAAGGCAAGUCGACGUUUUCAACAGAGCCGCGCUGGGAACACUGCAUCCCACAACAGGAGGUUAUUCAGAUGACAGCCGACGUUUUAACUUCUCUGUCAUUUAAAGACGCAGAUGGAACUCUUCGAGUUGAGUUGCAAGAAAUUCGAAAUUUGGCUUACAGUCUAGUCUAUCCGGAACAGAGCAAACAAACAAUCCUCGCGGAUCUUAUUCCAGUGAAAUUGCGUCUGCGUGCCUCUUUCGUCUCCAAUGGCAAGAGUAUUCGUGUGCGCAAGGGUUUUUGUUUGCAUCUGCCAUCGGGUCUUUUUGAUCAUGCCAGCGUUAAUGACGGAGGUGCUUCUGAGGAUGCCUGCGCCAGCAAGUCCCUGGUUCUCAAGGAGCUCGUAAAUGUUAACAGCGAACGUAUGUUCACCUUCGGAGUGCCGUUCCAGCGACCAUCUCUAUUCGGCGAGGAGGAUAUGAGCCACAGCGGUUUUGCCCCCGUCUCCUGGCGUAUCAUGCUGUACUUUGUGUUAAUUCUGGAGAACACGAAUCGUCAGGAAGCCCGGCACGUUCGCGCCAUCGGUCAGUGCUGUCUUGGUAGCAGUGAUGAGCCCCAGAUCUCGUCAUCAGAUUCAUCCAGUCUACCUGCAUCCCUGCCGCUUUUCAAUUUGGCUAUCAAUAGUGCACAAAAUUAUGUCUCCCAGUGGGUUCAUAUUGAGUGA